AAUUCCUAAAGGAAAAGCUUUCUCCCACUGUAGUUAAUAAAUAUACUUUCCAUGUAUUUAUAUAACAACACUUUCCAUCUGAGGAUCUCAAAGUAUUUUACAAACAUUAAUGAGUUAAGCAUCACAAGACCCCUAAGUUAGAUCUCUUCAUCACCACUUUGCAGAUGAGGCUAAAGCUGAAAAGAUGAUUACUGACUUGCCUAAGGUCACACAAGACAUCAGGUCAGAACCAGGAAAAGAACCAAAAUCUCUUGGCUCACUGUUCUGUGCUUUUGCUGCAAGACCAUUUUUUCCUUUAUUUAAAUUACACUGAAAGGGUUCCAGUCUGCCUUCCAACAGAGUAUUUCUGAAACGGAAGAGUGGAGAUCCUGUAACUUGUCAUGACAAUUUUAUUUAAUGAGGUAUUUUCCAAAAAUAUUUUUUUCAUAGAUAUUUGCAUGAAUCACAUAGUCAAGCUGCUUGCUUAUUAGGUUUAGAAACCCAGCUUUUUUCAGAUUUUUAGAAAUGAGGAUAAGUGUCAACCCUCCAUUUUUCAAACACAUUCAAGGGCAUUUUUCCAUAUUCAGAUAAAUCUGAGAAUGCAGGUGGCCUACUUACAGUAAAAUUGCUCCAGGUUAUAAAGAUAGAGAAAAGUGAGCACAGAUGAAUAGUUUGGAAACUGUAGCAUCUGGAACCAUUUUUUGCCUCAUCUAUCAAUCUGCGUUUAUGGGAAUUGAGAAUUAACAUUUCAAACCAUACUUCCUUACUUCAUGACUGAUGAAUCCCAGAUCUGAGGUCAUUAUUCCACCCCCAAAGCAAUAUGGAGAGAUAUUUGUGAAGGUGACACUAAAGAAUCUUUGGUAACUCUCACUUAUGUUGUCUUUUCAAUUAAAAGGUAAUAAUGAAAUAUAUAUUGUUAAGGUUGUAAGAAACAUUCUAUUGCAAGUCCCUGUUUCCACCUCUCAACUUCUAUCAAAAAUGCUUUUGAACUGAUACUUCUCAUAGUGUGUGUCUGAACAAAGGUGAAUAUUUUUUUUUGGAAACUUUGAAUGAAACCAAGUAAGUUUUGAGAUACAUAAGCUAUAAACACAAGUUUGUUUGUUCAUUAUGACAUUAAAUAUUAUUUGUUCUCUGCUAGUAAAAGCUUUGUAUUACCAAAAUAGAAUUGUUUACAUAUGUAGCAUUGAAUAUCCCACUUAAGGCUUAGAAAUGUUUUUAGACUAAUAAGGUGUUUGAAGUGUUAAACUGUUUUUGAUAUGCAUUCUGGUCACACAACUAUUUUAUUAUGGCUUUGCUAGUCAGACAGCUAUUGUAUUAUUAUUAUGCACGUGCUGGUCAGGCACCUAUUGUUUAAUAUGUGCACUUUGUUGAUUUUACACCUCUUGUAUUUAUGUGGCUGUUGGUUAGACAUACAAUAUGUAACAAUUGUACAAAAUUUAAGAUUUGGACCAGAAGAAAAGGCUGGGGUGGGGUAGGGGUAUGAAGGAGAGUGAAGGAAAACAAAUAAUUUUCACUAGUUCAUCUUUCAGACUUCACAAAGUAUUGCACAGCAACUGUACCUAAAAGGCAUGGACAUUUUACUCAAGGCAAGACCUACUCGGGCUUUUCUUUUUAGGUUUAUUUAGCAUAUAUUACUAACAUAGAAGGUAAGUGUAGUAAAAUCUUAACUUUUUACCCUUACUUUUUUUAAACUAGUGGAUGGUCCUGCAGUAAUCAGACAGCUGAGGCAGUAAAUUGAAAAACAAAUAAUAAAUGUUUCUUGAUUAAGUAGUUUCCUUAAAUUUUAUAUAUCAAUAGCUGUAUAAAAAUCUUAGAUUUGAUGCUGUACCCCUUCUAUAAAAAACUGUCCUUUUUUAUUGUCAGAAAACUGAAGACAUUUUUCAAGUCUCUUCCCUUUAUCAAAACCAGAGAAAUGAAGAUAAUAUUAACAACAACAAAUGUGCCCAGCCUUGAAUUAUGUUAUCAAAUAGGCAAUGUGAAUUUGGGUUCUGACCCAGCAGGAGAUAGAAAUACUUUGGAAGCAGAAUGCUUCUCCCCUAGGGAUAAUCUUGCUCUUGACAAGCAACCUCAUCCCAUCACGCCUAAUACUAAAAGUGCCACUGAUGGAUUUGGGAGUGAACCAUAUGGACACAUUACUUUUUGGGUGGAAGGAGAAUCAAAACAAUUUGAUGUCUAUGAAAGAUGGAAAAGUAAUGUUAGAAGAAUCUGACAGAUGACUGUCAAACCUUAGAAGUGAAGUUGGUGACAAACUAAAAUACAAAUUUUCUGUACUUGGAAUAACAUUUUUAACUUUUUAUUUAUUGGAUUAUUAUAGUUUGUUUGUAAUAAUACAAUUAUUGUACUGUUAGCAUAAAGCUACUAUAUCGUCCCUUGGAAUAACAUUUCAGUCAAUUUUAAAUUAGAAGUUAAAUAGGGAAAAAUCCUCAUCUGGUGUAAAUUGUGAUGUGGUGCUAAGACAAGAUACAUGAGCUAAGGAUCUGUCCCAUAUUAUUUGGGAAGCCAGUUAGCUGAAGCAUGCUUAUGGAAUCCAUCUGUCUCCAUGUGAUAAGACACAACUCAAAUAUAAUAGGUCCCAGUCUUAAAAAGAUUUAUGUAUAUGCUUAACAUCAUGAGCAUGAGAAACACCAAUUAAGUCAAUGGGAGUACUUGUGCAUAAAGUUAAGCAUGUGUAUAAGUGUUGCAGGAUCAGAGACAUAAUCAUUAAUAAUUUAUAUACCUCUAACUGCUUGUUCUCAGUAGAUUAAUUGAUCUAUAUCCAGUAACUUGCACUUGGCUGUAUGAAAACAUCUGUAUUGCAUUAGGAAAGUAGUAUGUUGGUAUAUAGAUGCUAGAACUGAGGACUAGGAAAGAAUUGUUGGGAAAGAAGAUUCCCAGCCCUGUCAGUUACUUCCUGUGUGACCUUCAACAACUAGUUUUACCUCUCUGUGCUUACAUUUUUUAAUCUGUAAAAUAUGGAUAGUAAUCAAGGCCGGGUGUGUUCUGCAGCAAGUCAGAGCUAAAUUCUGCACCAGUUCCAGGUACCAUUUAAAAUUACAUAUGAAAAUGAAUUAUUUACUUAUUACAGCAGGACUUGUACUAUUUAAAUCUGACCACAAGAUUUAGAUUUAAAUGAUUUUUGUAUUAAAAAAUGGGUAACUGGGAGCAGGAAGACUUGGGCACCUCCGAAGGCACAGCAGGGAGUACGGAUUUGAGGGCUGUCACGGUGACCUGCAGCGGAACGGCGAUCCCGGUGUAUAGAUACCUGUCCAAAUCGGUAACAGCAGCAGGCUGCCACGGCGGGGCGGAUUCACCCUCAGCGCGGCGGCUCCGCGCUGGCUGCAGAGUGAGCUGGCGGGGAGGCGACAGGCAUCGUUUGGCAGUCCAAGGUUGUCGCGCCGGGCGGUGCUGAGCCCCGCAGCGGCGGGACCAUCCGGCCGUGGGUGAUUGCCGGGCCGGGCGGCGCUCAGCUGCCGGGAUCCCUGAGGCCGGCAGUGCCCCAUGGGCAGCAGCCGGGUCUGCGUGAGCUUCCAGCGGAGGGAGGGAAGCGGCGCCGGCUGCCCACCGCGCGCCCCGUUUGCGCCGUGCGCGGCCGGCCAAGGCGGAACCUUUGUGCGGGGCUUCCUGCGGCGGGGCUGGGGGAGGGAGUUAACAGGGACUCGCCGCCGGGGCCGGCUGCUUCCUUCCUUCCUUCCUUCCUGCUGGCGCGCGCCGCCCGUGACCCGCCGCCUCACGCUGCCGCCCGGCUGGGGUGUUAAAUCAAAAUGGUUCAUGCUGAAGCCUUUUCUCGUCCCCUGAGUCGUAAUGAAGUUGUUGGUUUAAUUUUCCGUUUGACGAUAUUUGGUGCGGUAACUUAUUUUACCAUUAAAUGGAUGGUAGAUGCAAUUGAUCCAACCAGGAAGCAAAAAGUAGAAGCCCAGAAACAGGCAGAAAAGCUAAUGAAGCAGAUUGGGGUGAAAAAUGUCAAGCUUACUGAAUAUGAAAUGAGCAUUGCCGCACAUCUAGUAGACCCUCUUAGCAUGCAUGUAACCUGGAGUGAUAUUGCAGGUUUAGAUGAUGUCAUUACAGAUCUGAAGGACACAGUCAUUUUACCUAUCAAGAAGAAGCAUUUGUUUGAGAAUUCAAGACUCUUGCAGCCACCAAAAGGAGUACUUCUCUAUGGCCCUCCAGGUUGUGGUAAAACUCUGAUUGCCAAAGCUACAGCAAAGGAAGCAGGUUGUCGAUUUAUUAAUCUCCAGCCUUCAACAUUGACUGAUAAAUGGUAUGGGGAGUCUCAGAAACUGGCUGCUGCUGUCUUCUCCCUUGCUAUAAAACUCCAACCUUCCAUCAUUUUUAUCGAUGAAAUAGAUUCCUUUCUACGAAGCCGUUCAAGUUCUGAUCAUGAAGCUACAGCUAUGAUGAAAGCUCAGUUCAUGAGUUUGUGGGAUGGUCUGGACACUGACUAUAGUUGCCAAGUGAUAGUGAUGGGAGCUACCAAUCGCCCUCAGGAUCUUGACUCUGCCAUUAUGAGAAGAAUGCCUACGAGGUUUCACAUUAACCAACCAGCUCUGAAACAGAGAGAGGCGAUUUUGAAACUGAUUUUGAAAAAUGAAAAUGUGGACAGGCACGUGGACCUCCUGCAAAUUGCUAAAGAAACAGAUGGAUUUUCAGGAAGUGAUUUGAAAGAAAUGUGUCGUGAUGCAGCACUCCUGUGCGUCAGGGAAUAUGUUAAUUCUACAUGUGAAGAAAGCAAUGAUGAAGAUGAAAUUCGGCCAGUGCAACAGCAGGAUCUGCACAGGGCAAUUGAGAAGAUGAGGAAGUCAAAAGAUGCAACACUUCAGAAUGUUUUGAUGCAUGUUAGUUUAGACUAAGACUAAACAGUGUGUCUGCAGUUUCUGAUGUGGCCUAGUUUGGUGACUUGUGCUGUAAUCAGUUAGUUAAAACGAGUGUGGGGGGAGGGAAAUUCUUUCAAUAAGGGAGCUAAAUGUUUCAUUUCUAGAGGGGUUUUUUACACUGGAUUCUAAAUUAUUGAAAUCUGGUAAUUUUACAGAAAUAGAUGUGGUCUACAGCUCAUGAAGUGGAACAAUAUAGUCCAGUCCAAGAGUGAAUGCUUGUGUUUUGUCCAAUUACCAAUACAUUGUAGUGGCCUUAAAGUAGGUUCUAAGGUGGUGCAUGUUUUUGAGGGGAAGUGGAAAAUGAUUGAAUACCAGUUCAUGUAUAUAUGUAUGAACGUGUGUGUGUUUAUAUUAAGUGUAUAUAUCCACACAUUUUUUAUAUAUAGACAUAAUCUGUAGAUAAGUUGAAUAUGGAAAAUCUUUUUUACUUAAUUACUGAAUGAAAUUAAAUCAGAUGUAUAGAUUAAAA